AUGCAACUUAUCACAUGCUGGAUUGGUUGCGUUACGUAUGUUAGAAUGUCAUUAUCACUUGACAUCAACAUGAUUUUUAUCGACGAAGUUGAUAUGGAUAUUAGUAACAAUGAGCUUGACGACACACUUGAUUGUAUUUUAGACGUGACAGAUGGUGUUGAUCAAGAAUGGAAAACAGUGGAGGAUGAUAAUAUAGUACAGAAUGGAUCACUGGAGAUAGAGAAAACUAAAACCUAUUAUUUUCUAAUCAAAGAAUAUACAAAAUGGAUCAAAAAUCUUGAAAAAGCAGGACUUUGCUACAUUUGA